GUAUUCAACACGCCGGGGAGGAAAACGGGACCUGACGCUCCGCCCGACGCGAUUCCUCCUCCACCACCUCCUCCUCCUCCUCCUCCGUCCAAGGCGCCGGCCGCUCCCGCCUUCGAGGGCGAGCUUCGGGGAAGGGAGGAUGAACGAGGGUGAACAGAGUGGCCGGGGACUCAAAGGGGGGACCCCUUCAGUCCUCCGCCAUUCACUUUCCCCUGUAGCCACACACCCCCCUUUAUAUUCCGCUUCACGUGGGGUGCGGGGCAGGAGGGAGGAGAGCCCGAGAGGGGGAGGGGAAGUCAAGGGAGGAAAAGCGAGAAAUGCCCACCUUCUUUGGCCAACUCCGGAGCCACCUCAGCCCCCUCCUCCCGCCGCGGCGGCGGCCGCUGCAAAAAGCCCUCCCGGCUCGCCCUGCACGAAAGGCAGCGCGGAGCGAGUGUCGCCUGGCCCUCGCCACCCCCCGGCGCCGCGGCCGCCGGCGAGCCCCGAGCUCAGUGUCGCUCAAACCUCCCCUGCCGGCCCCGCCGGCCCCGCUCCGCCCUCCCCCCGCGCCCCGCGGACCCUUUCAAACCCCCUGGGCUCGCGGCGGUUGCUCCGGGAGGAAACUCUGGCCGCGGCUGGGGCCGGGGCGGUGCGGCUGCGAGCGGGGCGGCGGCGGCGGCGGCGGCGGCGGUGGGGCGCCCGGUACGGUGAGCCCAGCAACGAGGCGCGGGCGGGCGCGCAGAGACGCCGAGUCCUCGCGGAGCACGGCCGGGGCGCGGCGGCGGCGACGGCGGCGGUGGUGGUGGUGGUGGUGGCAGCGGGAGCCCAGGGACCGCUCCAUCACUGGCAGCCAUGGAGCCCGAGCAUUUUCCUCCCUCGGGGCAGGCGCUCGGCUCGGCACUCGUCCUCGGGGAGGAAGGGGCCGGCGCCCGAGCUCGUCGGAGGGCGGCGGGACGUGCGCGGGAGCGGAGGGUGCGAGCCUCGGGUCCUCUUCCUCGGCAGCCGGCUCGUCCUCACCCCGCUGAUUUCGCGGCCGGGCGGGAGGGGGGCUGCGGGCGGCGGCGGCUCCUUUCUCGGCGGCGUUGGUGGCCAGACGGGCUGGUGCAGCGACUGCAGCCGACGCCGUUCAAAGGAACGAGAGGUCAGAGCCAAAAGCCAGAUAAGAAGCCAAAGGGACAAUUUCACUGAAAAGCUCCUGCCCUUGCCAAAUGCUGCCUUUCCAUAGGAAGACUUCCCUUGACCACUCUGUCUUGAGGGAGUUGGCAUUUGCCAGCAGCUGGUAGACUGGAAAUAACAUCUGGAUCCAGAAGGAUGCUGAAUAUCCAGUGUCUGCGUUGUCCAUAUCACUCUACUGCUUCAGGUUCAAUUCCCU